AUGUCAGAGCAAAAACGUAUACGGUUAUCAGGAGCUGCAUAUCGAAAACAAAAAUUAAAACGUGAUGAAGAAAUUAAAAAAAACUCUGGUUCCUUUGAAAAAUAUUUGAAAAAAAAUAAUGAAGUUUUAAAUAAUCCAGAAACACAUUCUAAAAUUAUUUCAGAAGAACCAAAUACCUUAGAAGUUACUGACAGUUUAAAAGAAGUUGGUAACUCAGAACAAAUUUCCGAUAGCAUUGACAUUUUCAAUAAUGAAAUAAACAUAACGUUGGAAGAAAAUGCGAGUAUUAAAUCUAAUGAAAAUGAAAAUAACAUAUCUGACCCCGGGACAUGGCCAGCGAUUUUUUCAAAUUCAUUACGACUUCAAUUAGUAAAAACUUAA